CCCUCCACUAACAAUUUCAGAGCAAUUAAUAAAUAAAAAAAAAACCCUAUUCUCAGUUUGUUUGAAAUUGCAAUGGCUCCCGUCACAGCGAAGACGUCGAAGGAAGGAACUGCAAAAGCAAAGAAAGCGGCAUCAGCUCCGAAGAAACCCAGGGCUCACCCUCCUUACUAUGAGAUGAUCAACGAGGCGAUAACUGCGUUGAAGGAGAGAACCGGUUCGAGCCAGAUCGCGAUUGCGAAGUUUAUUGAAGAGAAACAGAAGGCUAAUCUUCCUAACAAUUUUAAGAAACUGUUGCUGGUUCAAUUGAAGAAGCUCGUUGCCAACGGCAAACUAGUCAAAGUCAAGAACUCCUUCAAGCUACCGCCUAAAACUUCCUCUACCAACGCCGCCACCUCAGUAGCCAAGAAGCCGACAACAGCCUCGACCAAAUCCACUACCGUGGCGAAGAAGCCGAAAACUGCCUCGACCAAAGCCGCCUCUAAGAAGGCAACUUCUUCCUCCGCCAAGCCCGUUGCCAAACAGUCGAAAUCUGCCUCCACAAAACCUGCCGCAAAGAAGUUGAAGCCCAAGACUAAAGAAGUGGCGGUUAAGUCGCCGGGGAAGAAGGUGGCGGUUGCGGCUAAGGCGAAGAAGCCAAAGAGCAUAAAGUCGCCAGUUAAGAAGGUUGCGGCCAAGAAAGGGAAGAAAUGAGCGGUUUGUCUGUAUUGGUAGAUUUGUAAAUUUGUUGACGAUUCAGCGUUUGUCUAGGCAUUAAUGUAUAGCUUCGGCUUGGUUUUAAACUCUUUGUUUGACAGGAAUGCUAAUGUAGUUGAGUCGAAUUUCUCAUAAUUUGAAUAUUGUGUUUGAAA